AGCAGCUGCCGCCAAGAAGACAGACCACAAGUCGUAAAAGUCGUCUCGUGUCGUCCUGACCUGGUUGAAUUUUGUUGGCCAUGUUGCCCUGCGUGUGGAUGGCGAGCUUGUGUUUAUGCUUCACAUGGGCUGAAGCUCACAUUUGGGCGUGGAUGCUCAACAUGCCCCAUAGUCCGCCUAAAGAUGGGGCCUUGGCGCUGCGGGACGUCGCGCCCCCUGCCAGAGCCUCCACGGCGGCGUGCGAACAUGACAGGGCCUGCGGGCGAGGUUUCUCCUGCGACCGCCACUUUGGUUUGUGCGUGCCACUCCGCGGGGAGGGGCACUACUGCCGCAGGGACGCGCAAUGCGUGCGGGGCCUCAGUUGCAUGUUUGGGAAGUGUCACCGCAGCAUUCCCAAUGGACAAGAAGGCGCUCGGUGCAAGGUAGACCGGGACUGCGGGGCAUCCAUGUGCUGUGCUCGCCACCAUGGCGAGCGCGUGUGCAAGCGGCGGCUGAUGCGCGGCGAUGGCUGCUACGUGCCAGAUGGCGGGCUGGCAUUCAGCAUCAACCAGAUCUGCCCAUGCGAUGAGGGGCUUCUGUGUCGGGAAAAUGCUGCUCCACGCAGGAGAGAGAGGGAUUUUAUUUACCAGAUGGAGCGCACAAGCUGGACGUGCCAAGUGCCCAAAAAUUAAAACCAAGCUCAAUACUAAUACUAUUUAUUAACUGAAUUGUACAAAAUUGUGUAUAUAAAAGUUAUUUUGUUUUCUUCAUGUUUUUUAACCAGAAGCACUG